AUGUCAUUGGACAAUUCUAAAGAGAUUUCUAAGAAUGGUGAACGAAGACACCCCUGUAAGAAGUUCUACAUCCGUAACCUGAGUCGAUUCAUUGAGGAUCACCUAUUCUUUGCCGACGAAGUCUUCGAUUUGAUUCCAAAUAUUAUCGAGCAGCAGGGAAUUAAAUUUGACAGAGAUGAGUAUGACAAAUGCCGAAGUAAAUAUGCAAGCACCAAUUUGAGUGUUUUUGUGAUGGAUAUGAGAAAAGUUGACAUCAUUUUGAGCAUUUUCAAAGUUAACAGGGAGAAGGUUACGAUUAUCGACGAUUUUCCAUCUUUGAAAACUAGAAAACUCGCGUUUACCAGUGGAACAGUGGAACCAGUUUACUCGAUUGCUCCGUGUGGACAAAAAGUGAUUGAUCCACUUUUUGCAUGUCUUUUCAUGUUUCAAAAACUCGUUUGUGGAAUUUCAUGGGAACAUGAACGAUGUGAAGAUGAUGCGGAUUGUAUGGCAGUGUAUAAAGUGUUGUUGGUGGAAGCAUUGAAGCUAUACGCAAAGACUGAUAAGGUCAACUUCCCGACACUAUCCUCCGUUGUGAACAAAAUCCAGGUCAUCAAGGAUCACGCCUGCAAAAAACCACACAAAGCCUAUCCAAAACCAGAUCAUAACUUUGCACAAAACAAGCACACUGCUAUGAUUCCAUUUUCAAAGUAUCAAGAAAUUUGUGCAGCAUUUCAACUACCAGUUUUCCGAAGUUUCUUAUGGGAACAAGAUGAGAAGAAGGACGAAUUACCAGUAUGGGUGACACGUGUUCUAUUAACUGCCGGAUGGGUUUUCGAGUGCGAUUUUCCGGAGUAUAUUAAGAAUCAUGUUAUGUCAAGGCUGGCGAGUGUACAGCCGGAACGAGGCGUCUCCGGUCCGUUGUAUGCAUUUGCGGACAAGAUAUCGAAUCCAGUGAAAAAUGGGAAUCCUCGAUUCUACGAUCAACCUGCUGAACCGGAAUCAAACGCCUUGUCAAAACAGAAAAAGAGGAAUGAGAUGCUUCAGAAAAAGAAGGAGGAAAAGAAAAAGAGUAAAGGAGCUGGACCUCCAGACACUAACAAAAGAACACCAAGGACGCCAGCUGAGCAGUUGGUUUUGGAGAUGAGAUAUCAGGAACAUAUGGAGAAGACAAUGGCGAUGGAAGUGGAGGAUACGUAUUAUGGAAUGGAGAGUUUGAGGACAAUUAGUUUGGAUAAAAUUCAAAAGGAGAGGUUUCAACCUCCAAUUAUUAAAUUUCCUUUCCCUCAUGAUGCUGCGGAGUUCAAUUGUGCAAAACCUCGCGCAAAAUCAUCUCUGCCGUUAGACAAAUAUGGUACACCCCUAGGACUGAAUCAUUUGAGUCAAGAAGAGGCGGAUCGUUUACUGUAUACACCAAUUGGACAGUUAGAUAUGAAUGAACUGUAUAAAGGAAGAGGCAAUGAUCCAUCUGAUGCGGAAUCUGAGAAUCUAGAAGAUGAUCCUGAAUAUAAGAAAUUGAUCGUUAAUGCCCCUGGUUCUUCUGAAUCUGUUCCAAAGAAGCAUAAGCCGGAAAGGGUGGAGCUAGAAGAUCCCGAGCCUGAAAACCAGACUCCUGAACGUGAAAUAUUCGACAAAGAAAUUGAAUGGAUUAACAUGGAUUCAUCGACAGCAGAUGCAUUGAUUUGGACGGAACUGGAUAAAAAUGAUCCAUCAGAGAUGACACUAGAAGAUCUUAAAGCAGUUAUGACAGAUAGGGAGAGAACUCGGACAGAAGCUCAGACUCCUCCUCCGAAAGCUUCGCAAGCCGACGCAUCAACACAAAUAGAUCCCACAAUCAUUUGGUGUCGAAAAUGUUUAAAAACCUCGGAUAGAUGUACUGCGCAAAACGAUCUGAAAACUACUCAAAAUCAGUUGAAGAAUUAUGAAAAGAAGGCGUUACGAACUGAUGAAGUGGAGAAGAAGUUGAAGGAGAUGAAUGGAAAAUUGGAGGAAAAGGAAAAGGACCUGGAACAGAAAGCUAAGGAUAUGAAGAAAUUGGAGAAGACCCAGAAUCAGACGAACAAAUCGAAAGAGAAGGAGAUAGAGAAUUUGAAGAAAUCGCUGGAAUCGAAAAUCAACGAAAUUCGAGAAGUGAAAAGUUCCUUGGACGUUGCCAAACAGAAUUUUGUAAAGAUUAAAGAUUCGGAGGCGGAAGAGAAGCGAAAAAAUACAGAAUUGAGAUGCCAAAUUCAUCGGUUGAAUGAUGAGUUGCAGAAUAAGCGAUUGGUUACAGAAGCCCCUCAACCAGACGAUUUAUUGAAUCAAAUUUCGAGACUUCGAGUUGAAAUGGACCGAUUAGAGAUGGAGAAGGAUAUUGUAUCCCACAAAGAUAAUGAAAAACAAGAAGCGCUGAACGAGCUGAAAGAGUUGAAACGAGCCAGUGAUGAGAUUCAUGAAAGGACGAGACAGCAGUUUUUAGACGAAACCACAAAAAAUAGGCAACUGGAAAGCUUAAUCGAGACGUUGAGGAAGGAGAUGGAGAGUCUGACAAAGAGAGAAAGUUUCGACAAAGAGAAACGAGAAUUGGAGACUAAACUAGAAAGUGCUAACACUCUAUUGGCGUCUAAAAAUACCCAACACGCCAUGGAGCUUCGUCUUCUGGAAAAACAACUGCAAACUGGAAAACAAGAGCUGGCGGAGAAGGAAGUACAGUAUUUGAGAUUAAUGAGCCACAAUUCUUCAAUGGAAGCAUCGCUCAACAUGUGUAAGCAAACUAUGGAACGACAAAGCGAUCAGAUUACGGAAUUCAUGCAGGAAAAAAGUCAAGUGGUUUCACUGCAAGAAAAGAUACGACGGUUGGAGUACGAGAAUCACCAACAGAAGCUGCAGAUUCAGCGAAAUCAAUAUGGCUCAAGUGUAGAACUUCAACAAAAAAUCCGCAACUUGGAAUUUGAAAAUCAACAACAAAUGUCUACAAUUCGUACACUAUCCCAGCUGGUUACUCAAAACUCUGGUGGUAGCCAAAUGUUCAGUAAUAAUAAUCCAGCUGAGGCAUCUACGACGUCUUCUUCUACAUCCUAUCCUUCUACUACAGCCUUUGGAAUCCGGACAACACCUCCAACAGAUCCUUUCAUUUCAAUAAGGAAAUGUUUCAUAUGCCACGAUCCAAUUAAAACAACCCAUCAAGUGAUUAGUUGCAAGAAUUGCGCAAUUCCGUCACAUUCUUUGAAAAUCCGAUAA